UUGCGUGCUUGUGCAAUUUCUGUCUAAACACAGAUACAGCAUCAGGUCAUACGUGAUCACUGAGCUUGGCUGAUUGUUUGAAAUUCUGAAAAAGAAUACAGCAAGAUGGAGCCUUCUGACAAGAGGCCGAGGCUAGAAGAGUGGAUUCGCCUUUCUGACGGAUUCCGGCGUGUGGACAUGAGGAUUAUUUGUCCCGUCAUGAAAGCAGAAAAUUCUAUUCGUGUCCUUUACAAACUUCAACAAGAGAAGUUAACAGAAGCCAUUACAAGUGCAGGAAAAAGUCAUGGACUAAUAUUAGAAAAUAUUCAGUAUGGAUCCCAAACCACUUCAAGGGGAGCUGAAAGCAGUUUGUUGAUUAAAUUUAGAAACCCACUCCCAAAUGAUGAAAAUCUUUGCAGCAAAUUUAAGGAAAGUCUUGAGAGAAAUCUAUCAAGUACAAUGGUAAAGGAUAUUUUAGUUGAGAGAGUCCAAGAUGCAAGUCAAAGUAUUCCACAGCCACUUGUUUCAGAAUAUGACUUUGAAAUGCACAAGCUGAAGUUGUGCUUAGCAGAACUUGAUGGAAAGAAAGAAGAAUCCCCAAGUAGACUUGAUCUUUCGAUUGUAGGUGAAAACAUUAAAUUGAACUUAGAAGAUUUAAGUAACAGCUACACCAAGUUCGCUAUGCUAUCACAAAAUGGAAGAGGGAAAAGUUACGUGCUAAACCUGCUGAUGCUCAUGACAGCUGAUAACGAAGAGGAAUAUUCUGCAAGUAACAGGAAUUUAAUAGUGCCUAAUGAUUUUCCAAACAAUACACUGGUGAAAAAUCUAACAGACAGAGAUCUGCAAAAUCUCCCAGUUGUGGUCAACGAGUUUCUUAACAUUCCAGAUAAUACACAAUUCAACAACCAAGACUUUAAAUGCCUUAUGGGGACUAUUUGUGUCCAGCAACAAAAUAUUACGAAUGCUGAGACAGCACUACGUGGUCUUUCAGACAUUGAUGAAUACUUUACCAAGAAGAAAAGACUGAACCUAGAGCCUUAUUUUCUGUCACAGAAAGGCAAUCAAGGAGGACAUGAGUCUACAACAAAGUGUAUUAUUCGUUUGCGAUAUGGGACUCUAUAUGAAAUGAAAGUGGAGUAUUUUUCUAAAUCAGAACUUCAAGAACAACUUUAUGAGCUUGUCAUAACGGAAGAAGGCUCAUCAAGCUACUCAGAUGAAGAAGUAAAUGAGACCGCUCAGGAGUGCCUCACUGAAAGAUUUCAAAUUUUAACAGGCCAUAGCUUUUCUAAGAACAUGAAGGAUAAGUUUAAUUGUCCUAAAGAUAUAACAUUUUCACCUGAAGUUUUAGAAUUUGUUGGAAAAACAGAAUUAUAUUUUGGUCAAGGUAAAAAUCCAACUCAUGAUCGGCUAGCUUUGCAGAAUACUCUGAAAGGUCUGACAAUUCCUCAAGACAGUGCUGCUGAUGCUAAUGAUACAAUUUACAAAAAACGGAUUGCAGCUGUAAAGGAAAUUGUAGUGUAUUUGCCCUGCAAAAUAUUAUAUGGUGGAAAGGAAAUCCUGGAGAUGCCUGGAACAGAUGAUUCUGAUCCAAUUGCUAUGGAUUUUAUUGCUAAUGCUCUAAAUGAGGUAGAUGCUGUGAUUCUACUAACAGAAAAUGGCUUAAAGGUGUGUGAAAAAGAAGUUAAAACAAUGUUCUCUAAAAGUGGCUUUCUCAAAAAUUUCAAGAAACAACCAGACAAGCACACAGUUAUGCUUCUUACAUACCCAGAAAAGAAUACUAAUUGGCAGUAUGCAUCUGGUGAUGAAAAGAAAAUAAAGUUGCUUGAAAGUCAAGGAAAUGAAAAAAGAAAUGUCGAGCUGAUAGCAAUGAGGAAAAUAUUAAAACUGGACACAUUAACUGAAAGCCUUGAAGAAAGGAUCUGUACAUCAUACAUAUUACCAGUCUUGCACACAUCAAUCCUUGCACAGGAACAUAAGCCAGAGUAUGAAGUCAUUUCAAGACACGAAGACACAUUUUUGAAAUAUACAGGAAUACAAGAACUUAUAAUGAAUCUAGAUGAAUUGGUAUUCUCAAGACAAAAAUCCUCCUUUGAAGAGACAAAGCGGGAACUCUUUCAUUUUUACAAAGAAAUAAAUGGUGAAAAUAAAAGUGUAGAAGAUGCAAGAUCUAUAGUACAGACAUUAUAUGUGAAAAGUUGUAGAGACACCAUUGAAUCAGGAAUAAGAAGCCGGUUUGACAUCUUAGAAAAUAAUCUAUUUCGAAAAAUGUACAUCGUGUUAUCUGGAGAUGUAUCUAGCAUGAUAAAGACCGAAUUCGAGGAACUGGUGCCGAAAGCAGUUGAGAGAUGGGAUAAAAUAGAGCCUGCAGUGAGCUCAAUUGGUGUGUUCAGCCCUUAUUUCUGUGGAAAAAACCCGCGGUAUCACAUAUGUCUGUACCAUGUUCUUUUUGAAGAGUUGGAAAACAGCAAAAAUCUAAUUAUAAAAAAAAUCCUAGAUUUGGUACUAAACUUACUUCAGAACUUAAAGAAAAGGGCCAUAAAACAGUACACUGAUGAACUGAACACCAUUUUACAUGAUAUGGGCAGACCUAAAACUGUUACCAUAGACUUUGUCGAAGAAGCCAUUGGAGAUCAGUUGGACGAUGCACUGAAAUGGUAUCGGGGUAAGAAACAACGUCCGUUCAAUGAGAAAACAAUGGAAAAAUUUAUGGAAGACAGCCAAAAGAAAAGCUUGAAAGAUUCCAUUUUGACACCUAAUUUUAAGAAGUGCACCAUGAAAGAAGCAAAAAUAAAGACCAGAGAAAAUAUAGAAAAAUGUAUAAUGGAUGUGGAGGAAAAAUUUAUCAAUCGUGUAAAAAGCCUUCAUUCACAGAGGUUUAAAAGCUUGUCUAACAACCUUCGGAAUCGAAAUGGAACUCCUAAAAUCUGGAAGCAGUUGAUUGAUCACCUGAGAUCAUUAUCUGGAGAAGAGCACAAUUACAGGGGAAACAUCAACAUCUUAAAAAUGAUAGAGGCAAGCUUCAUCUAAAAGGAUGACCUGACUUUUCUGAUCUGAACUGGAAGAAGAA